UACAGGAAUUUCAGAGCCCUCCGGCCCUAUUGCUUCCUCAUUUCUCCGGCCGCCGGAGCGUGAACUUUCCGGCAUUCCCAUAAUGAGUUUUCCCCACUUCCACACCGUGGAGCAGCCGAGGCCGCACCAGUACAACUUCCAAAAAUCGCCUCUACCAUUCCCCCCUCCUAUGUCGGCGGCGGUUUUCCCGGGAAGAAAUGGAACUCCGCGGGGUGAUGCAUUGGCGAAUUUCGGCUGCAAGCCGACGGAAGGCCCUCAUUUCAGCGACCUCAUCAACCCUAACGCCGGGUACAACCUCAACCGCGGCGAAACUCCGAGCAAUCAGUUGAAGUGGCAGCACUUCAACUGUCCGCCGCCUUGCUCGCAGCCGGCGGAUCCUCACCCAGCACGGUCUACCUGCCGGACGCCGAACGGCCCCAACACUCCAAUCGACUGCAGUAGCCUGUUCAGGAAAGAAUAUGUGGUACACAAUCUGGAUUCCUAUUCCAGAAUGCAGCGACGUGAGCUCAAACGGCGCAUGAUCUCUGAUCUGAUUAGGGUUCAGCAGGUUAUGCAGCAAAUUGAGACCGGAGAGUUUCCAUGCCGGAAAGCCCUAGAACUUCCGCCGCCACCUGCUUUUACUCCACCCAUUCAAGCUGAAAAGAGACCUCCAUUGAACAAUCUGAACGAGAAUGGAGCACCAAAUGGUUCAAAUGAGCCAGGAACACUCAAUAAACUCUACCGGACAAAUGGGGGACGCGAUUUAGCUUCCUGUAGAGGCCCCAAGCCGCGGGCUGUUCAGAGGAAGGGCUCAAAGAUGAGUGAUCAGGCUAUGAUGAAGAGGUGCAAGCAGAUUUUGGAAAAACUGAUGCGUCGAAAGCAUGCUUGGAUUUUCAACAAACCUGUGGAUGCCGAAGGGCUCAAGCUUCACAAUUACAGCCUGAUCAUCAAGCACCCAAUGGAUCUUGGAACUGUGAAAUCAAAGCUGCUGGGGAAUGAGUACAAAACCCCUCAAGAUUUUGCAGCUGAUGUUAGACUGACAUUCAACAAUGCGCUUGUUUAUAACCAGAAGGGCCACGAAGUGCACACCUUGGCAGAAAUGUUUCUGGAGUGCUUUGAAGGCAUGAUCAAGAAUGUGGUUACACAGCAUCCUCAAGACCAAAUUCCCAUUGCGAAAAACCCUUCCCUUCCAGUCCAAGAUUUGAAAUCUUUUCCCCAACCAGUUGUGUCGCCUUGGCCUGGGAAAUCGGCAAUGCUCGUGGUUAUGGAUUCAAGCGAAAGGCAGAUGACAUUUAAGGAGAAGAUGGCAUUGGGUAUGCGCUUGCAGAACCUGGACCAAGACAAGAUUGAACUGGUCCUGCAAACGAUUAUGAAGAGAUAUCCUUCUCUUCCUGUGGAGAGUGGUGAGAUUGAUCUUGACAUUGAAGCUCUUGACAGUGAAACACUCUGGGAACUUGACAGGUUUGUCAAGUCCCUCAAGAAUGAUUUGAACGAUGCGAAGAUGCAAUCCAUUAGCAAAGUGCCAAAAGAUUUACCCAUCCCACAGCACAAAGGGGAUGAUGCUGAAGAAGAGGACAUUGAUAUUGGGGAAGAAACUCUGAACAGUGGCAUACCCACAAUAGAGAUUGACAAGGAUGAUGUUAGUGGAUCAAGCAGCUCAACUACCUCAAACUCAAGCAGUUCUUCUUCUUCCAGUGGUAAGAUCCCAACCCAUUCUAAUCUGAACAAACUAAUUGCAUUGGCCUCCCGCGCAAAUGCAUUGAUAUUUAGGAUUGAGUGGGUCGCCUCCCGAUCUUUGUAGGCACUGUCCAAAAGCUUGACCGUGCUGCAGGUAACACGUCUUUCUGCAUUCUGGCAACAAACAAUCAUUCGGAUCCACCAUGCAAAACGCAUUUGCCCUCUCAACCCAUUUUGUAUCUGAAUAUAUAAAUAAUACCAUUAUAAAAAUUCAUAUAAAAAAGAGAUUUAAAGAAUGAAUUUUCAUUGUAUAU